UCCUAAGCCUGCUUUGGGGAUUUGGGGGUUCCCCAGGGAGUGCCUAACCCGAGAGCAGGCGGUCCUCGGUGCAAACGAUUUAUUCCCUCUACACCGCUUUAUCUUGUGAAGAGGCCAACACCUUCCACGCGGGAGCAAACGUUUUGAAGUGCUGUGGUCCUUAGCCCAGCGGCCGAUUUUUGUCCUAAGGCUCCACAGCCACGUCGGAACAUUUCCACCACCAUCACUCCUUUGGAAACUGCUUGUCUGGUUCCCUCAGGGGCACACAAUGGCUCUGCCAUUUUACCAGAAGUUGCACAAACACUACGACAGCAGCUACCGCAACAAGGACCUCCGCACCACCCUGAGCCAGUACCAGCAUGAGAAGAAAAGCUCUGCCAUCUACACCCAUGGGUCCACAGCCUACAGUACCCGUUCCGCUGCUGCCCGCCGCCAGGAAUCAGAGGCCUUCAGCCAGGUGUCUGCAGCAUCCUACCAGCAACAGGCGUCCUACCAGCAACAGGCCUCACGGGCCACCGAGUCCACCUUCGAGUCUGCAGUCAGUCGGAAGGCAGCCUCAGCCUAUGACUACGGCUACUCCCACGGACUUACAGAUUCCAGUUUGAUGUUAGAAGAUUAUUCGUCCAAGCUUAGUUCCCAAACAAAGAGAGCCAAGAAAAGCCUCCUCUCUGGGGAGGAGAAGGAAAAUCUUCCAAGUGACUAUCUUGUGCCUAUUUUCUCAGGACGCCAAGUGCAUGUUAGUGGAAUUACAGACACAGAAGAAGAAAGAAUUAAAGAAGCUGCUGCUUAUAUAGCCCAGAGGAAUCUUCUUGCCAGUGAACAAGGGAUCACAACAACCAAACAGUCCAAGGUAUCCAAACAGUCUGCAUCCACUCUUCACCAGGAGGAAGUAUCUGAGAAGAAGUCCAGGAAAGCUGCGGUUCGAGAAAGGGCAGAUCGCUUGUCACUGAGAAAAACUUUAGAAGAAAUCGAGACAUUUCAUAAAAAGUUGAAUGAAGAUAGUCUUCUCCAUGCUCCUGAGUUUGUCAUUAAGCCUCGUUCCCAUACUGUUUGGGAGAAAGAAAGAGUAAAAUUACACUGCUCUGUAUCUGGCUGGCCAGAACCUCGUGUCACAUGGUAUAAAAACCAGGUGCCAAUAAAUAUCCAUACAAACCCCGGAAAGUAUAUCAUCGAGAGUCGCUAUGGAAUGCACACACUGGAGAUUAAUGAGUGUGAUUUUGAAGACACUGCUCAGUACCGGGCCUCCGCGAUGAAUGCAAAGGGAGAGCUGUCAGCUUAUGCUUCCGUUGUUGUCAAGAGAUAUAAAGGAGAGCUUGAUGAGACUCGCUUGCAUGCAGGAAUUUCUACUUCACCCCCCAGCUUUGCUGUGACUCCUUAUGGUUAUGCGUCCAAGUUUGAGAUCCACUUUGAUGAUAAAUUUGAUGUGUCUUUUGGGAGAGAGGGUGAGACGAUGACUCUCGGCUGCCGUGUAGUUAUCACACCUGAAAUUAAACAUUUCCAGCCAGAGAUCCAGUGGUACAGAAAUGGUGCACUGGUUUCUCCAUCAAAAUGGGUGCAAACAAACUGGAGUGGAGAUAGGGCAACACUGACAUUUUCUCAUCUCAACAAAGAAGAUGAAGGCCUCUAUGCAAUCCGUGUACAAAUGGGAGAAUAUUAUGAGCAAUAUAGUGCCUAUGUCUUUGUUCGAGAUGCAGAAGCAGAGAUAGAAGGAGCUCCAGCCUCUCCUUUGGAUGUGGCAUGCUUGGAUGCCAACAAAGAUUAUAUCAUCAUCUCUUGGAAACAGCCAGCUGUGGAUGGAGGGAGUCCUAUUCUGGGAUAUUUUAUUGAUAAAUGUGAAGUGGGCACAGAUAGCUGGACUCAGUGCAAUGACACGCCUGUGAAGUUUGCUCGUUUUCCAGUCACUGGUCUAAUAGAAGGUCGUUCCUAUGUAUUCCGAGUUCGAGCUGUGAAUAAAACUGGAAUAGGUCUACCAUCUCGUGUUUCUGAACCUGUGGCUGCUCUGGAUCCAGCUGAGAAAGCAAGACUUAAAAGUCGCCCUUCAGCUCCCUGGACUGGACAGAUCAUUGUCACUGAAGAAGAACCCACAGAGGGUAUUAUUCCAGGGCCCCCCACAGAUCUCUAUGUCACUGAGGCCACCAGGAGCUAUGUGAUGCUAAGCUGGAAGCCCCCUGGCCAGCGUGGCAAUGAAGGAAUUCUGUAUUUUGUGGAAAAGUGUGAGGCAGGAACUGAGAACUGGCAGCAGGUGAACACAGAGCUCCCCGUGAAGUCUCCCCAAUUUGCUCUGUUUGACUUGGCUGAGGGGAAAUCCUACAGUUUCCGUGUCCGCUGUUCAAAUUCAGCAGGAAUUGGUGAACCCUCAGAGGCAACGGAAGUGACCUUGGUAGGGGACAAACUUGAUAUCCCCAAGGCCCCGGGCAAAAUCAUCCCAACCAGAAAUACAGAUACAUCAGUAGUAGUUACAUGGGAGGAAUCCAAAGAUUCCCAAGAACUGGUUGGAUACUACAUAGAAUCAAGCAUCGUUGGCUCUGGCAAAUGGGAGCCCUGCAACAACAACCCCAUAAAGGGCUCACGAUUUACUUGUCAUGGAUUGGCGACUGGUCAGAGUUAUAUUUUCCGGGUCAGAGCAGUUAAUGCAGCUGGACUUAGUGAAUAUUCACAGGAUUCAGAAGCGAUUGAAGUAAAAGCUGCUAUUGGGGGAGGAGUGUCUCCAGAGGUGUGGCCUGGACUGAAUAAGAUACCUGGUGGACUAACAGACUCCAGGGUGGCCUUGCAUGAAGCCUCCCAGCCAACCAUUAAGAAAGAUGCUUUGCUUGGUAGCAAACUUAACAAUCCUUCACUACCCAGUAGCUCUCACAACCUGGGCCAAACAGAAGUGAGUAACGUAAGUGAAACAGUUCAGGAAGAAUUGACCCCAUCACCAAAGAAAGCAGUUCUUGAGGGGAAAAGUAAAUCUGAGCCACUGAAAAAGAAAAAGGAUGUAGCGGCACCAUCUCCACCCUGUGAUAUCACUUGUCUUGAAAGUUUUCGUGAUUCAAUGGUUCUUGGAUGGAAGCAACCAGUUAACAUUGGAGGAGCAGAAAUUACUGGCUACUAUGUGAACUAUCGUGAGGUAAUUGAUGGGGUACCAGGAAGUUGGAGAGAAGCCAACAUCAAAGCUGUCAGUGAGGAGGCAUAUAAGAUAAGCAACUUGAAGGAAAACACGGUAUAUCAGUUCCAAGUGGCAGCCAUGAACCUGGCCGGGCUGGGACAGGCCUCAGCAGCGAGCGAAUGCUUCAAAUGUGAAGAAUGGACCAUUGCCAUUCCAGGACCACCGCAUAGUCUCAAGUAUAGUGAGGUCAGGAAAACCUCUCUGGUUCUGCAGUGGAAGACCCCAGUCUACUCUGGGAGGACUCCAGUCACAGGUUACUUUGUGGACCUGAAGGAGGCCAACGCCAAAGAUGACCAGUGGCGAGGAAUCAAUGAGAAAGCUAUUGAAAAUAAAUACCUGAAGGUGCAAGGCCUCAAGGAGGGUGUCAGCUAUGUGUUCCGUGUCCGAGCCAUAAACCAGGCAGGUGUGGGGAAGCCGUCUGACCUCGCUGGGCCUGUUGUGGCAGAAACCCGUCCAGGAACCAAAGAAGUUGUUGUAAGUGUGGAUGAUGAUGGAGUCAUUUCCUUAAACUUUGAAUGUGAUCAGAUGACUCCAAAUUCUGAGUUCACCUGGUCUAAAGAUUACGUGUCCACUGAGGACUCUCCACGAGUGGAAAUUGAAAGCAAAGGCAACAAGUCAAAGAUGACGUUCAAAGACCUUGGGACGGAAGACUUGGGCAUUUACUCCUGUGAUGUAACAGACACUGAUGGAAUAGCAUCAAGCUACUUAAUAGAUGAGGAAGAAUUGAAACGUUUACUUGCUCUCAGCCAUGAACACAAGUUCCCAACUGUCCCAGUUAAAUCAGAGUUGGCUGUUGAAAUUUUGGAGAAAGGCCAGGUUCGGUUUUGGAUGCAGGCUGAGAAGCUGUCUAGCAAUGCCAAAGUCAGCUACAUAUUUAAUGAUAAGGAAAUCUUUGAAGGACCGAAAUAUAAGAUGCAUAUUGACCGAAACACUGGUAUAAUUGAAAUGUUUAUGGAAAAGCUCCAGGAUGAGGAUGAGGGAUCAUAUACGUUCCAGAUUCAAGAUGGCAAAGCAACUGGCCAUUCUACUCUUGUUCUCCUUGGAGAUGUUUAUCAAAAGCUCCAGAAAGAAGCUGAAUUCCAGCGGCAAGAAUGGAUCAGAAAACAAGGUCCACAUUUUGCUGAGUAUCUGAGCUGGGAAGUGACUAGUGAAUGUAAUGUACUAUUGAAAUGCAAGGUGGCAAAUAUCAAAAAAGAGACGCACAUUUUGUGGUACAAAGAUGAAAGGGAGAUAUCGGUAGAUGAAAAGCAUGACUUUAAGGAUGGAAUAUGCACCCUGCUUAUAACAGAGUUUUCCAAGAAAGAUGCUGGGAUUUAUGAAGUUAUCCUCAAAGAUGACCGAGGAAAAGAUAAGAGCAGAUUGAAGCUUGAGGAUGAAGCCUUUAAAGAACUGAUGAGUGAAGUAUGUAAAGUAAUAGCUUUGUCUGCUACUGACCUGAAGAUCCAGAGCACAGCUGAGGGUAUCCGACUAUACUCUUUCGUUACUUACUACCUGGAUGAUCUGAAAGUUAAUUGGUCCCACAACGGAACUCCUAUUAAAUACACAGACAGAGUUAAGUGUGGGGUCACUGGGGAGCAGCUCUGGCUGCAGAUCAAUGAACCCACUCCAAAUGACAAAGGGAAAUAUGUAAUGGAGCUCUUUGAUGGCAAAACUGGACACCAGAAAACAGUGGAUCUUUCUGGACAAGCAUAUGAUGAAGCCUUUGCUGAAUUCCAGAGAUUAAAACAAGCUGCCAUUGCUGAGAAAAAUCGUGCCCGGGUGUUGGGUGGGCUCCCUGACGUCGUCACCAUCCAGGAGGGCAAGGCACUUAAUCUCACUUGCAAUGUGUGGGGCGACCCGACUCCAGAGAUCUCCUGGAUGAAGAACGAGAAGCCCCUGGUCCCAGAUGACCACUGUAACGUCAGGUUUGAGGCCGGCAAAACCGCAUACUUCACCAUCAAUGGCGUGAGUACCUCCGACUCUGGCAAAUACGGGCUGGUUGUGAAGAAUAAGUAUGGCUCAGAGACAAGCGACUUCACUGUGAGCGUGUUCAUCCCGGAGGAGGAAGCAAGGAAGGCCACUUCACAACCCCAGAAAGGCAACGCGAUGCCCAAGUGAGAGGAUUGUGCCGGAGUGUGUGUGAAGAGUUGUCUUGUGUGCAAAUGGUUUGGGCUAAGGGUAAAGAAAUCCUCAUGUUUCCUACUCCCUGUUUUGUGCUCAUUUAGUGGGGGGUGGAAAUUGUCAAAUCAUUGAUUCAUAUAAAAGAGUACCAACUAAUGAUAUA